AUGGGCUUGAAGCCAUAUCUGGGCCUUCGAGGCAAUUCCCUCCUUAGGGCUGCGGUCAUGCUGGUCGUGUGCCCUACUUUCACUUGUUAUGGAUACAAUAUGAGUGUGGCCGGUGGUCUCUUGACCCUGCCUGCCUUCAAUACUCAGUUCCCCCGGAUGGACACGAUUAAUACUACUGGAGCCCAGAAGGCCGAGAACUCGACAAUUCAGGGCACCGUCAUUGCCCUCUACACUGUCGGUGGUAUCUUCGGAGCCCUGUCAUGCGUCUACCUGGGCGAUCUCCUCGGUCGCAAGAAAGUCAUCUUCUGGACCAACUUCAUCACCAUCAUCGGCGCCAUCCUUAUGGCAACCUCCUUCGACUUUGUCCAAUUCAUCAUCGCACGACUAAUCCUCGGUCUCGGUAUCGGUGGCUACGUCGCGACGGUUCCAGUCUGGCAGAGCGAGCUAUCGCCCGCACACAAGCGCGGCUCGAACGUCGUCACUGAUGGUAUCUUCGUCGGUCUCGGCGUUACUCUCGCUCUGUGGAUCGAUCUUGGCUUCUACUUUAUCAAGGGUAGCUCUGUGUCGUGGCGGUUCCCGCUUGCGUUCCAGGUCAUUUUGUCGCUUAUUGCUAUGAUUUCCAUCAAUGUCCUUCCCGAGUCGCCUCGUUGGUUGAUCAAGGCUGGCCGUAUUGAUGAUGCUCGCGAGGUUAUGGCCGCUUUGCUGGAGUUGGAGCCUCACUCUUCUACUAUCACGGAUACUAUCCAUGAGGUUCAGACUACCCUGGCUGUCUGUGGAAAUACCUCUUGGACUGCUAUGUUCACCAAUGGCGAGCAGCGUCUGUUCCACCGUGCCUAUCUGGCUGCCACCGGUCAGAUGUUCCAGCAGAUGUGUGGUGUGAAUUUGAUCACCUACUACGCUACUACUAUCUUCGAGCAAUACCUCGGCACCGACGCCGUCAAAUCCCGCAUCCUCGCCGCAGCAAUGGGCCUUAUGCAACCCUUCGGCGGCUACCUGGCCUACUACACGAUCGACCGACUCGGCCGCCGCCCGCUCAUGCUCUGGAGCGCCGGCGCAAUGUCAAUCUGCAUGGCCGUCCUGGCAGGCACAACCUCCCCUGAAGCCAAAUCCAGCACAGCCGCACUCGUCGUCGCCGUCAUCGCCCUCUACUGCUUCCAAUUCAUCUUCACAGUCGGCUACUCGGGUCUAACAUUCCUAUACGCCGCUGAAAUGGCACCUCUCCAAGUCCGCGCCGCCGUCAGCGCCGUCUCCACCGCAACAGUAUGGACGUUCAAUUUCCUGCUCGCAGAAGUGACGCCUAUCGGCUUUGCUACUAUCGCGAAUAACUACUAUAUCAUUUUCGCGGUGAUUAAUGCUUUGAUUGUGCCGUCUGUGUACUUCUUUUUCCCAGAGACCAAAGGUCGUUCGUUGGAGGAGAUUGAUGAGAUUUUCGCGCAGUCGAAGAGUAUCUUUGAUCCGCCUAAGGUUGCGCGGAGAAUGCAGAAGACUCUGCGGGCGCAUCAGCCUGAGGUUGCUGGCGGGGCGCAAGACUCGGAGAGUGGUGGGGAGAAUAAUGAGUAUGUUAAGGAGAGUGUUAAGGCUUAA